GUCAUGUGCUGUGUGCUUAUGAUGCGUUCCAGGGACACUUUUUAGCCCGUAAAUUACGACCUGAAACUUGGAGUACAUCCAUCUGGUGAACUAUGCUGACCGCUGCCCGAGUUGCUAGAAGAUCCGUGGUGUUCCUACGAAGCAUGACUACGUCUCACGUCGAUUUAGGACACCAACAGGCCACGGUGGUCAUCCUGCCCAGUGCUCUGGCAAAUGACUUCGAAGCAUUCUGCUCAAGGAACCCCGCCGCCUUGUCACUGCUUUAUCGCAGCCAACCAGGAGAGACCUCUUGCCUUCCAAUAGCCUCCAAUGUUGAUACACGGAGCUAUAUUUCCCAGUACUGUGUGUUUGAGAAUGGCCGUCUGCAGAAGACUGUCCCCAGUCUGAAAGGUUUCGGCGAUGAUUCAAGAGCUGGAGCAGACACUGGGGUGGUGCGGUCAGAGGGCCCGGGGGCCUGCUGGCCAGACAUGGUGUUCUUCUACCUGGGCAGCAGCUUUGGUUUUGAGGCCCGUCUCAGGGAAGCUGGAGUUCCUGACCGGAAUGUGGAGCAAGGCAAGAACAGCAUUUACAAGACUGCAGUCCCCUGUGUUCCAGUGGGAGUGUUUGACUGCCCCCUGGUGGUCACCAUGCGUCCGGUUCCUGCUGACAUGGUGACCACUGCUGCGAAAAUAACACACCUCAACCCACACGCCCACGGAGCUCCUAUACACAUAGGAGACCCAGCUCUCCUAGGCAUACGAGACCUGUCCCGGCCAGAGUAUGGGGACCCAGUAGAACGCCACGCUGGUGAUGUGCCAGUCUUCUGGGCCUGUGGAGUCACCGCCGUAGAAGCAAUACGCAACAGCAAACCUCUUCUGGCCUUCAGCCACUCUCCAGGCAGUAUGUUCCUGACAGAUAUCCCAGACACCCCCCUUCCAACGUCCCAGCUGAGCCCAUGCUGCUUCCUGAUCUCCCAGGAUCCCUUGCUGUACAGCCUGGCUUCAGAGGGGGCUGUGGGGAAGAUAAGGCAGCUGGAGAAGGUGAUUGGAGAAGAUCCAGGUAAUCGCGGCAUCAAGGCUCUUUUUGUGCAGGAUGAACUUUUGCGUUCCUGUCUUGCCCUUUCCCACUCUACCUCUGUUGCCAUAACAACUGGUUUCCCCACACACUACAUGCACAGCCCACCUGACGAGACGGACGGCCCACCGGGGGCCCUCGCCAUGGCAACCAUGUUGAUUGCCCUCGGCAAACAGGUCACCAUGGUAACGGACAAGAGAGCUGUGCAGCUGAACCAGGAGCUGUUGGAGGAAGCUGUGAGGACAGGUGUUUUGAAAACCACAAUCCCAUUGGUCACUUUUGAAGACAACGGGCCCGACUCCGCCCUCCACUUCCUGUGUCACGAGGGAGACCCCACAAAGCCCAGGUUUGACCACUUGGUGGCGAUAGAGCGCAGCGGUCGGGCAGCAGAUGGAAACUACUACAACAUGCGGGGGGCCAACAUCAAGCAUCUGGUGGACCCCAUCGACGACCUGUUUGUAGCCGCUGCGGACCUACCUGGAAUCACUACUAUAGGUAUUGGUGAUGGUGGUAAUGAGUUGGGGAUGGGCAAGGUUAAGGAGAAGGUGAAGGCCCUGAUGCCAAAUGGGAGCCUGGUAGCAUGUGAUGUGGCAGCUGACUACGCAAUUACGGCUGGAGUGUCCAACUGGGGGGGGUACGCGGUGGCCUGCGCCCUGUACCUCCUCUACACCUGCCCCACCCACCAGCGUUACCUACGCAGAGGAACCGAACCAGCAACUUCCCCCGGACUGCUGGACAACCUUCUCACCUCCCUGCCCUCUGUGGACAAAGAGGAGGCGGUGUUGUCCAGCCUGGUGCGGUUAGGAGUGCGUAGCGGCGGGACUGGUAACCUGGCCAUGGAGGUGGACGCUCUGCCCUUUCACCCCACUCACUCUGACCUCGUCAGCAGGCUUGUGGCGCUCACGCUAGACUCAGGCGCCACCGGCACGCCCUGAACGCCUCCCAACACCCUCAAGCAGCAAGAAGUACGUUUAAAGGCAAUGUCAUGUUUUGAAUAUAUCCUCCCCGGUUCUUCAAGUCAUUGUCUCACGUUUUCUGAUUGAAAAUGAUACCUCUACUUCUUUUAAAAUGACUGAAGGAAACCGCUUUCUUGGUUUGGUUUAUCCAGAAUCUGAGCUCAAUAUGCGAUCAUGUUUAAGUCAACUGUCCGCUAUGUUAAAUCAGAAGUAGUCUUGUCUUCAAUGUUAAUGAUUGUUUAAUACUGUUUUAUCAUUUUGACUGUUAGUAUCAGCCAGUCUCUUAAUUCAACAUUGUUUCGUAAUGUUGGACCAGACAUUUGGCAUAAACGUUAUUAAGACCUAUUCAAAAUGAGGGUCCUAGAAAUUAGAUCGUAGGAAUGAGGUCCUGAAUCAACCCUAUAUCGCAGGAAGAUUAGACCUAGCUUGGUCCUUGAAAAGUUUUUUAUUGAAUUAAUUUAAUUAGCACGUUAAUAAUGGGUCAGCUUAGCUCAGAAGGUAGUUUGAUCCCCGGCUCCUCCUAGCUGAGAGUCGAGGUGUCCCUGAGCAAGACCCCCCAACUCUGACUGCUCCCGACCAGCUGACCUUGCAUGGGUGACUCUGCCGUCGUUUGUGACUGUGUGUAUGAACCGUUGUAAGUUGUUUCGAUAAAAGUCUGCUAAAUGCCUUCAAUGUAAAUGUAAUAAAGAAAAAUAAUGUAAACAAAAGUGAAAAAAGCUUCCUAGAAUAUGAUACAUUACUGACCUAAUAGUGUGUAUUGAUCGCAAAAUGUAAAAUGAAGCAUUGUAGAUAGAAAAAAAAAUAUGCAUUAGCAAAUGAAACAAUACACAUUGAGUAGGUUAUUUUCAAGAAAGGGGACAUAGUUGGUCACAUUUAAAAAAUGUGGAUCUCGCCGAGAUGAUCAUUGGCUGACAAAAUGUGGGAUUAUGUUAGUACGUAAGAAAAUAAAAUAUAUAACAAAUCUAGUCGUUUUAACAUGUUUUAAUGCCGGAAUAUUACAUAUUCUAAUUCUACUUUUAACACACCUACUGUGUCAUUGGAAGUACUAAGCGCCCCUUAGUGUUUAAAUAAAGUACUACGUUGACAAACGAUGACGCAAGUAAAGCCAAACUGUAGACUGGGUAUCCCCGCCCAUUCGAGAAGGGUCCUGCUGCAGGCUUGGGCAUUUCCGUCAUGACACAAGAACGCCCUUUAGGCGUUCCUGGUAGCGUUUCAUCGACCAAUCACGAGGUGUUUCGAAAGGCAUACUGGGUUUCGCAAGGCAUACUGCGAAGCACAGUCGCAAGACAUACUAUGCUUUCCUUCCUUAAUGGCAAUUUUACCUCAUUAGAUUUAGCAAUCAUGGAGCACCCACCUGGCUAACGUUAGUUCUAUGCUACCCGUACUUGAAACUGCUGUUUGAGAAAAUCUAACUAGCGUAUGUUUAGGAUGUUGACAGCCGUGCGAAGAAGAAGGGGUUUGGUGUUGACGGUGAAAGUUAGGCCGGUUUAUAGCAGCGUUGUCGGUUAUUACCGGUCAUUGACCGGAAAAAAAUGAGGAGGACCGACAAUUCUAAAUGUCCCCGCUCAGAAUGACCAGUAGCGACUGGUCAUUAGGGGCAAGCCGCUACUCUCACAAGAAAAAAAUAAAAGAAAAUGAAAUUUGAAAAAAAAAGAAAUAUAUAUAAAAACUAAAAUAUAUAUUUUUUAUGUAUAUUUAAAAAACAACAGUGUUACACCUUAUGUUUUUUGACAAAGACAACAGUGUUACCCCUUAUAUUUUUUUUCAUGACGAACAAUAAAAAACGACAGUGUUACCCCUUAUGUUUUUUUCAUGACGAACAAUAAAAAACAACAGUGUUACCCCUUAUGUUUUUUUUCAUGACCAAUAAAAAACGACAGUGUGACCCCUUAUGUUUUUUUCAUUACGAACAAUAAAAAACAACAGUGUUACCCCUUAUGUUUUUUUUCAGUACGACCAAUAAAAAACGACAGUGUUACCCCUUAUGUUUUUUUCAUGACGAACAAUAAAAAACGACAGUGUUACCCCUUAUGUUUUUUUCAUGACGAACAAUAAAAAAACAACAGUGUUACCCCUUAUGUUUUUUUCAUGACGACCAAUAAAAAAACAACAGUGUUACCCCUUAUGUUUUUUUUCAUGACGACCAAUAAAAAACAACAGUGUUACCCCUUAUGUUUUUUUCAUGACGAACAAUAGAAAAUGACAGUGUUACCCCUUAUGUUUUUUUUCAUUACGAACAAUAAAAAACAACAGUGUUACCCCUUAUGUUUUUUUUCAUGACCAAUAAAAAACAACAGUGUUACCCCUUAUGUUUUUUUCAUGACGAACAAUAAAAAACGACAGUGUUACCCCUUAUGUUUUUUUUCAUUACGAACAAUAAAAAACAACAGUGUUACCCCUUAUGUUUUUUUUCAUGACCAAUAAAAAACGACAGUGUUACCCCUUAUGUUUUUUUCAUGACGAACAAUAAAAAACAACCGUGUUACCCCUUAUGUUUUUUUUCAUGACGACCAAUGAAAAGCAACAGUGUUACCCCUUAUAUUUUAUUCGACAAGGACAACAUUUUUUUUUUUUCAAAUAUGUUUUUUAUUCAUGACGACCAAUAAAAAAUUACAGUGGCGACGUUGUUGCGGCGAUUCGAACCUGAGCGGCUUAGGGUGUUAACCUCCGAACUUACCAAUGCACCAUCAAGACACCGAAUAAAAUCUUAACAAUGGUUAUACUUGACUUUAUAAUUUUUUAUGAAAAAUGAAAAAAAUUCAUGAAAAAAAAAAAAAAUUAUAAUUUUUUUCAUGACGAACAAUAAAAAACAACAGUGUUACCCCUUAUGUUUUUUUUCAUGACGACCAAUAAAAAACAACAGUGUUACCCCUUAUGUUUUUUUUCAUUACGAACAAUAAAAAACAACAGUGUUUCAUUACGAACAAUAAAAAACAACAGUGUUACCCCUUAUGUUUUUUUUCAUGACCAAUAAAAAACGACAGUGUUACCCCUUAUGUUUUUUUCAUGACAAACAAUAAAAAACAACAGUGUUACCCCUUAUGUUUUUUUUCAUGACGACCAAUAAAAAAAAAAAGUGUUACCCCUUAUGUUUUUUUCAUGACGAACAAUAAAAAACGACAGUGUUACCCCUUAUGUUUUUUUUCAUUACGAACAAUAAAAAACAACAGUGUUACCCCUUAUGUUUUCUUUCAUUACAAACAAUAAAAAACAACAGUGUUACCCCUUAUGUUUUUUUCAUGACAAACAAUAAAAAACGACAGUGUUACCCCUUAUGUUUUUUUUCAGUACGACCAAUAAAAAACCACAAUGUUACCCCUCAUGUUUCAUUUAAUAAAAACGACAGUGUUACCCCCUAUGUUUUAUUCGAUACAUUUCGACAGUGUUAACCCAUAUGGGUUUUUCAUGACGACAGAUAAAAAACGACAGUGUUACCCUUUACGUUUUAUUUGACAAAGACAACAGUGUUACCCCUUUUUUUUUUUUUCAUGACGACCAAUAAAAAAAAACAGUGUUACCCCUUAUGUUUUUUUUCAUGACGACAGAUAAAAAACGACAGUGUUACCCCUUAUGUUUUUUUCCCAUGAUGACAGAUGAAAAGCAACAGUGUUACCCCUUAUAUUUUAUUUGACAAGGACAACAUUUUUUGUUUUUUAAAUAUGUUUUUUAUUCAUGACGACCAAUAAAAAACGACAGUGGCGACGUUGUUGCGGCGAUUCGAACCUGAGCGGCUUAGGGUGUUAACCUCCGAACUUACCAAUGCACCAUCAAGACACCGAAUAAAAUCUUAACAAUGGUUAUACUUGACUUUAUAAUUCGCAUGAAAUAGAAAUAUGAGUCUUCCAACAGAGGACAUCAACCGGACUUGAACCCCGGUCUCCAGGGGGUUCGCUCACAGCUCUCACCACUUCCCAAUGAGAUUCAUAAUUUCAAUAUGUCUGAGGUUAUAUAUGACGUGUGUAUUUCUAUUAUUGUGUAUUUCUAUUAUUUCCCUUAUGUUUUUUUUCAUUACGAACAAUAAAAAACAACCGUGUUACCCCUUAUGUUUUUUUUCAUUACGAACAAUAAAAAACAACAGUGUUACCCCUUAUGUUUUUUUUCAUGACCAAUAAAAAACAACAGUGUUACCCCUUAUGUUUUUUUUCAUGACGACCAAUGAAAAGCAACAGUGUUACCCCUUAUAUUUUAUUCGACAAGGACAACAUUUUUUUUUUUUCAAAUAUGUUUUUUAUUCAUGACGACCAAUAAAAAAUGACAGUGACGACGUUGUUGCGGCGAUUCGAACCUGAGCGGCUUAGGGUGUUAACCUCCGAACUUACCAAUGCACCAUCAAGACACCGAAUAAAAUCUUAACAAUGGUUAUACUUGACUUUAUAAUUUUUUAUGAAAAAUGAAAAAAAUUCAUGAAAAAAAAAAAUAUAUAUAAUUUUUUUCAUGACGAACAAUAAAAAACAACAGUGUUACCCCUUAUGUUUUUUUUCAUGACCAAUAAAAAACGACAGUGUUACCCCUUAUGUUUUUUUCAUGACGAACAAUAAAAAAACAGUGUUACCCCUUAUGUUUUUUUUCAUUAUGACCAAUAAAAAACAACAGUGUUACCCCUUAUGUUUUUUUUCAUGACGACCAAUAAAAAACAACAGUGUUACCCCUUAUGUUUUUUUCAUGACGAACAAUAAAAAAUGACAGUGUUACCCCUUAUGUUUUUUUUCAUUACGAACAAUAAAAAACAACAGUGUUACCCCUUAUGUUUUUUUUCAUGACCAAUAAAAAACAACAGUGUUACCCCUUAUGUUUUUUUCAUGACGAACAAUAAAAAACGACAGUGUUACCCCUUAUGUUUUUUUUCAUUACGAACAAUAAAAAACAACAGUGUUACCCCUUAUGUUUUUUUUCAUGACCAAUAAAAAACGACAGUGUUACCCCUUAUGUUUUUUUCAUGACGAACAAUAAAAAACAACCGUGUUACCCCUUAUGUUUUUUUUCAUGACGACCAAUGAAAAGCAACAGUGUUACCCCUUAUAUUUUAUUCGACAAGGACAACAUUUUUUUUUUUUCAAAUAUGUUUUUUAUUCAUGACGACCAAUAAAAAAUUACAGUGGCGACGUUGUUGCGGCGAUUCGAACCUGAGCGGCUUAGGGUGUUAACCUCCGAACUUACCAAUGCACCAUCAAGACACCGAAUAAAAUCCUAACAAUGGUUAUACUUGACUUUAUAAUUUUUUAUGAAAAAUGAAAAAAAUUCAUGAAAAAAAAAAAAAUAUAUAAUUUUUUUCAUGACGAACAAUAAAAAACAACAGUGUUACCCCUUAUGUUUUUUUUCAUUAUGACCAAUAAAAAACAACAGUGUUACCCCUUAUGUUUUUUUUCAUGACGACCAAUAAAAAACAACAGUGUUACCCCUUAUGUUUUUUUUCAUUACGAACAAUAAAAAACAACAGUGUUUCAUUACGAACAAUAAAAAACAACAGUGUUACCCCUUAUGUUUUUUUUCAUGACCAAUAAAAAACGACAGUGUUACCCCUUAUGUUUUUUUCAUGACAAACAAUAAAAAACAACAGUGUUACCCCUUAUGUUUUUUUUCAUGACGACCAAUAAAAAAAAAAAGUGUUACCCCUUAUGUUUUUUUCAUGACGAACAAUAAAAAACGACAGUGUUACCCCUUAUGUUUUUUUUCAUUACGAACAAUAAAAAACAACAGUGUUACCCCUUAUGUUUUCUUUCAUUACAAACAAUAAAAAACAACAGUGUUACCCCUUAUGUUUUUUUCAUGACAAACAAUAAAAAACGACAGUGUUACCCCUUAUGUUUUUUUUCAGUACGACCAAUAAAAAACCACAAUGUUACCCCUCAUGUUUCAUUUAAUAAAAACGACAGUGUUACCCCCUAUGUUUUAUUCGAUACAUUUCGACAGUGUUAACCCAUAUGGGUUUUUCAUGACGACAGAUAAAAAACGACAGUGUUACCCUUUACGUUUUAUUUGACAAAGACAACAGUGUUACCCCUUUUUUUUUUUUUCAUGACGACCAAUAAAAAAAAACAGUGUUACCCCUUAUGUUUUUUUUCAUGACGACAGAUAAAAAACGACAGUGUUACCCCUUAUGUUUUUUUCCCAUGAUGACAGAUGAAAAGCAACAGUGUUACCCCUUAUAUUUUAUUUGACAAGGACAACAUUUUUUGUUUUUUAAAUAUGUUUUUUAUUCAUGACGACCAAUAAAAAACGACAGUGGCGACGUUGUUGCGGCGAUUCGAACCUGAGCGGCUUAGGGUGUUAACCUCCGAACUUACCAAUGCACCAUCAAGACACCGAAUAAAAUCUUAACAAUGGUUAUACUUGACUUUAUAAUUCGCAUGAAAUAGAAAUAUGAGUCUUCCAACAGAGGACAUCAACCGGACUUGAACCCCGGUCUCCAGGGGGUUCGCUCACAGCUCUCACCACUUCCCAAUGAGAUUCAUAAUUUCAAUAUGUCUGAGGUUAUAUAUGACGUGUGUAUUUCUAUUAUUGUGUAUUUCUAUUAUUUCCCUUAUGUUUUUUUUCAUUACGAACAAUAAAAAACAACCGUGUUACCCCUUAUGUUUUUUUUCAUUACGAACAAUAAAAAACAACAGUGUUACCCCUUAUGUUUUUUUUCAUGACCAAUAAAAAACAACAGUGUUACCCCUUAUGUUUUUUUUCAUGACGACCAAUGAAAAGCAACAGUGUUACCCCUUAUAUUUUAUUCGACAAGGACAACAUUUUUUUUUUUUCAAAUAUGUUUUUUAUUCAUGACGACCAAUAAAAAAUGACAGUGACGACGUUGUUGCGGCGAUUUGAACC